AUGGAUGCCCGCUGUCAAUGCGGUGCCGUCGCGUUUAAAACGCCCCUGCUUAAGCCCUUGGCUCUCUACAUUUGCCACUGUGCCGAAUGUCGCCGUCAAACGAGCUCUGCCUUUGGCACCUCCGCCAUAUUCCCCCGUUUCCCUCUACCUCGCGCUGAACUGAUGUCGUGCUAUACCCGUCCGACACCUUCUGGUCACACGCUUUAUUGUUAUUUUUGCCGCAACUGCGGGACUAGACUGCUUCACACGACACCGGGUAAGAAUGUUGUCUCCGUCAAAGGAGGAUGUAUAGAUGGGCUCGACUGGUCGAGAGCUAUCCACAUAUGGACCAAAUCAGCCAUGGUACCUAUACCUGAGGGCUCCGAAACAUAUUCGGAAGAGCCUACGGAGUCCGAUUACUGCGCUUCUCAAGAAUCUCUUGACCAACCCUUUGAUCCGGCGGGUAUACUCGUGAAUAGCGGGGCGGCCCCAACGGCGGCUGAUAUAGCGGGAGGAGCUGUUCAUAUAGGGCCUGUGAAGGGCGCCUGCGAGUUGAGUGGAUCAUAG